UUUCGCUUGUGUGGUAUUAUUUACUUUGGUGAGUUUCAUUUUACUGCAAUGAUUGUUGACAUGAAUGGUCAGACACAGUACAAUGAUGGAAUUGUUAUAGAUAAUGCUUCAACAUCAGAAUACCCUGUGAAGAUGGCACACCAUACUCUCCUCAACAAAGCACAUAGCAGAUUUAGCUUUGUAACAAUCUACUCUAAACUCUGCUUAACCUAA